UUUAUCAGACCUAAGCUGUUACACAGCUGUAACACAUAUUUUACUUAAUGUAAAUAAAUGUGUACAACAGAGAUAAAUGAAAACAAACGUUUAGUUUUAGCUCGUCUUUAGACCGAUUGCCUUCGGCUUUGCAUAAGGAACCUGUGACCCAACGGAGGAGUGGCUGGGACGCUCUCCGUAGUUCAAAUGAGAGUCACACACAAUUCAUCCAUUCAUUCCACUCAUGGCCUCACACGCAGGAUAUUCGCUUAUUUUUAUAUUGGCUAGCCUUACACUAUUGCCAGUUUGACUAUUGCCAACCCUAACCCUUGAAGACAUUUUUUUUUUUCAAUUCGUUCAUUUUCCCAGAAUAUUUAAGUGCUUUCAUGGUUGCCACCUGUGGGAUGAGCUUCCCCGAUGCCACGAUGUAAUCGGCAACCCUAGAAAGGCAAAGGGAUUAGAUCCCAGUAGUUCCGGAUCAGCCAUCCCAUUGCCAGUAUGGUGGCCUUCAUGAGAAGACGCACAGCGGUCGCGCUGCUGUCCAUCACAGGACUCCUGGUGCUUGCUCUAAGCAACCCCGCUGGGGAGUGGUGGACUGCCUUGCAGCAACCCUACCAAUCUGAGGAUUUGAUUAAAUGCGCUUGUGACAAGUGUAUCCCAGAGGGUGAUGACUGGUUCAUGGCCCAUUUGAACCAAACAAUCCACCCCUUUCUCACUCCACAAAGCAAUCUCUCAGCCAAAGAUUUCCUUUGGUGGAAGAAAUUACAGGGUGACGGAAACGACUUGGCCGCCUUCAAAAGAGUCGUGGACAAAGUGUUUAAACUCUUCCCUGAUGGCAAAGGCUUCAUGGACUCGGGGUCCCAGCGCUGUAGGAGCUGUUCCGUGGUAGGGAACUCUGGGAACCUGCUGGCCUCGCACAAUGGUGCCCUCAUUGAUUUCAGCGACUUUGUGUUCAGAAUGAACGGCGCGCCUACCAAAGGCUACGAAAAGCACGUGGGGAAGAAGACCACCUUCCACAUUAUGUACCCGGAGAGUGCCGUGGAUCUGACAGACAACAGGACCCACCUCAUGCUGGUCCCCUUCAAAACGCUGGAUCUCCAAUGGUUGAUUAGCGCCUUCACCAACGGCUCCAUUAAGUUCACAUACCGACCCGUGAAGGCAAAGAUCCAUGCUAAUAAAGAUUUGGUCAGGAUUCUCAAUCCUCAAUUCAUCAAGUAUGUCUAUGAAGUGUGGCUGAGAAACAGCGGAGGAUACCCAUCCACUGGCUUUCUGGGUCUGAUGCUUGCAAUACACAUUUGUGAUGAGGUGAAUGUAUUUGGAUUUGGAGCAGACCAAAAUGGAAACUGGAGACACUACUGGGAAGAGCUAAAAGACAAAAGACUUCGAACUGGGUUGCACAGUGGAACAGAAGAGUACAGACUCAUUCAGAAGUUGGCAGCUAAGGGAAUAAUUAAUUUUUUUCCUGGACAUUAAUCAUAAGAAAAAACACCCAAACACGAGCACAAAUAGGUAUGAGCACCAAAUUUACAUAGAACCACAAUUCAAAUAUUUUUUGCAUGCGUUGCCCAUGUCAUCUUAACCUAUGGAAAUGAACCAAAACUGAAUAUUAUGACACUCCACCACAUUCAUGAAGGUAGCUUUCUACUUUGUAAACACUUUUUAUAUACGUCCUGAUGUUUUCAACCAGCCCUCCAAAUUUAAUGGAAAAUUAAGUUCUGUACCUAUAUGAAGUUAUGAAGACUUAUUGAAGCUCUGCAUAUUAGUUGUAGUAGCUGCUUUAGAUACUGUGCGGAGCUAGAGAACUGUUCUCGUCCGAUCCCUAUUCAACUUAUUUAUAAAGUUUGCAGUUGUUUUUUUCCUAGAUAUAUUUUGUCGUUUGUAAUAUUUUUAUUUACGGAUAAACGUUCUAUAAGUGUUUAAGAAGGGACAAUCUUAUUACGUGUGUUUUUAUCAUAGUUCAUCCAUUACUUUAUAGAUUGUUCUGAGCUCAUUACAAUGACACCGUAAGACAUUCAAGAAAACAGGAAGUUGGCGGGGUCAGGGGAGGUCCCCAACAAUCAUCACAGGCCCUUGGAAACCGUUCAUAUGUGCCUUAUGGGAGUAAUCUACCAUAGGAUUAAACAAGGUAUAGGCAUUAUCUCGUCUAUAUGAAUGAAAUAAGUUAGGAAAUAGCAGAAUCUACAAAGGACUUAAGUCUGAAUGACAGAGUUUGCAUCCUUAGUUAUAACCAUAUGCCGCCCCUGAGAUGAACCCAGCAUAGUCCGUCCCAAGUCUACCUUUAAUCCCUAACGUUGACACCACUCUACACAUGGCUCAUCCCAUCCGGACAGGAAGAGAGGGAGAGGGCUUCAUGAAGGCAGAAAAGGAGCACCUUCAUUCUUCUCAUUUAGUUUAGCUGGCCCCAAGUUGACCACUAAAACUGUAUCUCUCUACUGUAUAUCCAGCUGACCAAAUUUUCUCUCUCCACUUACAUGUACUGACUUAUAUGUUAAGGUUGACUAGUCAAUGUCACAGUCCAAGUUUAACAUUUUCUGCUUUAUGAAUGUAUUCCACAAUUAAAUACUGUGGUAUUGUUGUAUAUUAGUUGAACUUCUGCUAUAUUGUCUGAGUAGAAAUUAGUUUCAUUUUGCCCACAUCCCAGGCUUGUCUCAUACAAUGUUCAUAUGAUAUUGUACGAAAAGUUAUGGACAGUGUUUCGUAAGAUUCCUAUGAAUGUCAACACGAGUGAUCAGUGCACCCUAAGUUAGCAAGCCCCGAGGACUGCAGGAUCAUAAAACAUUAGUCUCAGCAUUAAAAUGCAUUUUGAUAACAUUUCUAGUGAGAAAUUGUGCCUUUAUUUUCACAAUCUUUGUUCAUGAUUGUAUAUGAGUUAGUUAGUGGAACUGCUCUUGGCACCUUUCAUGCUAAUUUGGGGUUAUAAGGGAGUUCAAUCGGGAUAGGCAUCUGUUUAAGAAAUUAUAUAUUUUUUUACACAGCACGUAUUUCAAACGUGUGAGCUACAUUUUUGUUUCCUGAUCCCCCCGCCCCCCCAGUCACUGUAUGUAUCCAUAUGUGCUUGUUUUUACACUAUGUCCAUCAUUGCAUUUUCUGUAACAUGCAAUCUUAUAUCCUGCAUUUAAUAUGAACACGAACAUGUAAUAUAAACACAAUAUUCUGAAAACUGAAA